AAUGCCAAUCCUGAUUGAGGUCAUUUAUGAGAUAAAACAACAUUUGGUGGAGGGUUUUGGUCUUCUUUAAGAGAAUGAUUCAACAACCUCCAAGGGGAGAGCAAGGCGACUAAGAAGAGACUUGUCCACUUGUUCCAAUGGAAAUAAUCAAACAAUAUUCUCUUUGUACCCUCAUCAUUCCCUGCACCAGAAACAAUUGUUUUCUUCACCUACCCAUUCUGGCCGAAUUCAGCUGGUCCAUUUCUAUAUCUAUGUACACCUUAUUUCGCUUAUCAACUUAAUCUCAAGAAACCUCAUCUGGGUUUUGGUCUGAUCAGCUCAUUCAAUCUCCACAAACAUUGCAGCAAAUGGGUGUUUGCAUGAGCAAGAAAGACAGGGUUCUAGACCAAACCCAGAGAGAAAGGAAAAAACCCGAAAUCAUUUACACAAAAUCGCCAGUUGUAAUUCCACUGGAUACAAUCCUAGGAAAGCCAUACGAGGAUGUUAAGAAGCACUACACAUUGGGAAAAGUAUUGGGUCGGGGUCAAUUCGGUGUAACCUAUCUGUGUACAGAGAUUGGAACAGGUGAGAAAUACGCUUGUAAAUCAAUAUCAAAGGGGAAGGUGAUAAGCAAAAUUGAAAAGGAGGAUAUGAGGAAAGAGGUUCAAAUAUUGCAGCAUUUGAGUGGGCAAACUAAUAUUGUUGAAUUUAAAGGGGCAUUUGAGGAUAAAAACGCUGUACAUGUUGUGAUGGAGGUUUGUGAAGGAGGGGAACUGUUUGAUCGGAUUAUUGCUCAAGGCCAUUAUAGUGAAAGGGCUGCAGCUUCGAUCUGUAGAUCGAUUGUUAAUGUUGUUCAUCAUUGUCAUUUCAUGGGUGUUAUUCAUAGAGAUUUGAAACCUGAGAAUUUCUUGUUGUCUGAUAAGACUGAUAAUGCUAUGAUUAAGGCAACAGAUUUUGGUUUGUCUGUCUUCAUUGAAGAAGGGAAAGUCUACCAGGAUAUAGUUGGAAGCUCUUACUACAUAGCUCCCGAGAUCUUACGAGGGAAAUAUGGUAAGGAAGUCGAUAUCUGGAGUGCCGGUGUUAUCUUAUACAUCUUACUUAGUGGCGUCCCUCCAUUUAGUGGAGAUUCGGACAAGGCAACAUUCGACGCCAUUCUAAGAGGACAUAUUGAUUUUGACAACCAACCUUGGCCUUCCAUCUCAAGAAGUGCCAAAGAUCUUGUUAAAAGAAUGCUCACACAAGAUCCCAAAAAGCGAAUCACUUCUGCUGAAAUUCUUGUUCAUCCAUGGAUGAGAGUUGAUGGAGAAGCAUCAGAUAAGCCAAUAGACAGUGCAGUCUUAUCGAGGAUGAAGCAGUUUAGAGCAAUGAAUAAACUCAAGCAACUUGCUCUAAAGGUCAUUGCAGAAAACCUAUCUGAGAAAGAAAUCCAAGGGCUGAAGGCAAUGUUUGCGAAUAUGGACACCGAUAAGAGUGGGACAAUAACUUACGAAGAAUUGAAGACGGGUUUGGCUCAACUAGGAUCAAAACUCACAGAGACUGAAGUUAAACAACUCAUGGAAGCUGCUGAUGCAGAUGGAAAUGGGUCGAUCGAUUAUAUUGAAUUCAUAACUGCUACAAUGCACAGACAUAAACUCGAAAAAGAUGAGGAUCUUUACAAAGCCUUUCAGUAUUUUGACAAGGAUAAUAGUGGAUUCAUCACAAGAGAUGAGUUAGAGAUUGCAAUGAAAGAACAUGGAAUGGGUGAUGAUGCCACUAUCAAAGAUAUCAUAUCUGAAGUGGAUUCCGAUAAUGAUGGAAGAAUAAACUAUUCCGAAUUUUCAGCCAUGAUGAGAAGUGGAACACAACAAGCUGUCAAGGUUUUUUAGAAUUGCAGGUUUCCAACAUAAACGGCAACAGCUAUAUAUAAUGAUCAUCUCCAUUUUAUUUGUUUUUUUACCCAUUCUGAGUUAUGUGAAUUUGUUCAUUGUUUAUUGCAUAUAAGAAACAUUCAAAAAUUGAUUGUCACAUAAUACGACCAAUAUUACAUUC